AGAGUUCACAAUUGUCUGGUUAGAGCCGAUCUGAUCCAAUGAUGCAACGAUCAGGUCAGAGGAUGAAGGAGAUGAAGGAAACGUAAGGAUGCCGCAAGAUUGGUACGGGCCAACUUACUGUAGAUCGGAGGCCCACGGGACUGGAAAGUACUGAACACUAAGCGGAUGGGGUGAGGGAUGGAUGGAUGGAUGGAUGGAUGGAUGAUGGGUGGGAUGAUGAGAUGGGAAGAUCAGAGAUUUAAAACGUCAAAGGUAUGGCGAUGUGGAGGAGUCAUCAAUGGGAUGAUUUUAAAUUGAGUGAUGAAGAGUAGAGUUAUAGCAUGGGAAGCGAUCUGGAGAGGGGGGGGGGAGGGACCUCUUUUAUGGGGGAUGACGUUGGUGUACAUACAGUGACGGACAGCCCGACGAUCCUGACUCAAAAAACCCAACCUAGUGGGAAUCAACAGCGGCCCUUGUCCUUCCGUCAUACACAGCAGUACUCAUUACCCGUACGGCCGACACGUAACUUACUGCCUUACGAAAAGCCCCACUUGGCCGCCUCGAUCUGCAGCUUCCGGGGACCUGGACACACCCGGUCGCUUCUCCUGCGUCCCACCCCCGAUGUCCCAAGCCACAAUCCAUUCCCAAUAAUCUCUGCAUCUCCGAGCUUGUCCAGCUUGUGGCUCCCACACCCCCCUUUCCCUUUCCAUUUUCUUUUUCUUUUUCUUUUCCUUCUUUUAAUUUUUUUUUUGUUUUCCCUCCCACCAUGCAUACCUGCACACGCUAGCUUCAGCUGUUUCGUCCGAGCGUGCAGGGGUGACUGGCCCGAGAAUUUUCGGACAACCAUUCAAUCCUCGGCUUGCUGUGUCAAAGAAUUUUCUCGCAUUUUCUUUAUGGUUCUUAAUCCACUGGGUUAGUGCACCACUACGGCGCAGCCGUGAUAGGUGGCAGGCAUUCUUCAGCUACGGUAGUCGACCGAGAAAUA